AUGGUUCGCGGCCGCCAGCUCGACCCGACCAUGCGCGCUCGCAUUUUCGAGCUUCGCGCCGCUGGAAACGGUGCUAAGAAAAUCCACAAGUACUUACCUGACGUUCCCUUCAACACCAUCAAAACAACCCUGCGCCGCUCCAAGACGCUCACGCCCGGCGCCGGCCACGGCCUCACGCCCACCUCGUCCUCUCGCGGCCUGCAGCAGCCCAUGUCUGACGAUGCCUCCCCCUCCGCCUCGCCAUCCCUUGAUCCGAAGCUGAGCGUUGUGCCCCCACUGAACCUCGCUCCCAACCCGAAUCCCAUCCGGCCCAUCCAGCAGCAGCAGCAACAACAACAGCAACAGCCACCACCACAACAGCCUCAACAGCAACAGCAACAACAGCAGCCUCAACAGCAGCCUGCACCAACACAACCAGCAUACCCCAAGGACCUCCAACGCCAACAGCAAGCCCAACAGCUGCAGCAACAGCAGCAUCUCCGAACACCAGGCGGCCCUCUCUCCUCAGCAGCCUCGACAGACUCCCAAGCCCGCGCCGCCCGCGCCCGCGCCUCCGCCUCCGACCUCCUCAACGAGAUUCUGCCUCCAGGCAGCCUCACCGGUGGCGGCGCCAGCGGCAGCAGCAACCUCACAGCGGCCACAACCGCCAACCCCGCCCUCGACCUCGACCGCCUCAAGACCGACUACCGCGCCAUGACCGACGCCCAGCGCGCCGCCGCCGACGCCGAGCUUGACCUGCGCAAGGCCGCUCUCGUCUCCGUCCGGUGGGAGGCGAGGCGGGAGCUCGAGGCCGCGAGGCGACAGGCGCAGCUCGAGCAGCUGCAGCAGCUGCAGCAGGAGGGUCUGGACGCCGAGACGUUUUAUGCACGCUUCCGCGAGCUGGUCACGCCCGGGCAGGCUGUUAACGGCACGGCUGUCGGGGUCACGCCAGGGACGGCGUAA